CCUGGGUCGGCGCCGUUUCCAGUUGAGAGAUGGCGGCCGCCGCAGGUAGAUCGCUUCUGCUGCUCCUCUGCUCCCGGGGCGGCGGCGGGGGAACCGGCGGCUGCGGGGCGCUGACUGCCGGCUGCUUCCCGGGGCUGGCAGUUAGCCGCCACCGGCAGCAGCAGCAGCACCACCGGACGGUACACCAGAGGCUCCCCUGGCAGAAUUUGAGGGUUGUGUAUUGCAGUACAGUUGUGCCCUCUGAUGAUGUGACAGUGGUGUAUCAAAAUGGGUUACCUGUGAUAUCUGUAAGGUUACCGUCCCGGCGUGAACGCUGCCAGUUCACACUCAAACCUAUCUCAGACUCUGUCGGCGUAUUUUUACGACAACUGCAAGAAGAAGACCGGGGAAUUGACAGAGUCGCCAUCUAUUCACCAGAUGGUGUUCGAGUGGCCGCCUCAACAGGGAUAGACCUCCUCCUCCUUGAUGACUUUAAGCUGGUCAUUAAUGAUUUAACGUAUCAUGUACGACCACCAAAAAGAGAACUUUUAAGCCAUGAAAAUGCAGCAACACUGAAUGACGUAAAGACGCUGGUCCAACAACUAUACACUACACUGUGCAUCGAGCAGCACCAGCUGAACAAGGAAAGGGAGCUUAUCGAGAGAUUAGAGGAUCUCAAAGAGCAACUGGCACCCCUGGAAAAGGUACGAAUUGAAAUUAGCAGAAAAGCUGAGAAGAGGACCACUUUGGUGCUAUGGGGUGGACUUGCCUACAUGGCUACGCAGUUCGGUAUUUUGGCCCGACUCACAUGGUGGGAAUAUUCCUGGGACAUCAUGGAGCCAGUCACCUACUUCAUCACCUACGGAAGUGCCAUGGCAAUGUAUGCAUAUUUUGUAAUGACACGUCAGGAAUAUGUUUAUCCAGAAGCCAGAGACAGACAAUACUUACUCUUUUUCCAUAAAGGAGCCAAAAAAUCACGUUUUGACCUAGAGAAAUACAAUCAACUCAAAGAUGCAAUUGCUCAGGCAGAAAUGGACCUUAAGAGACUGAGAGAUCCAUUACAAGUACACCUACCCCUCCGACAAAUUGGUGAAAAGGAUUGAUCUGCAAAAAAAACACAAAACAACAAUCCCCAGCUCCCCAGCAGGAAGAACAGCUGUUCAUAACUAUUGCCUUUUCGACUAAAGCAUCACAGGUGGAAGCUGGGAGUUAUAUCGGGGUAGAGGGUUUUUGCCUUUAAUUAAAAAAAAAAAUUAAAAAAAAAAAAACACUAAAGGGAUCUUAGAGAAGAAAGGAAUAUUAAAAUCCGAGAAUCAGGCUUUGUGGAAUAAUAUAAGCUCAAAGGGCUUAGUGAAUAUUGUCUUAAUCAAGCAUCUCAGUUUCUGAAUGAAAAUGAUGCACUUACACAGUAGAGAGAUUCAUUAAGAUAAAACAGUGCUGGGGUGUUGUCUCUUAUACCUUUGCAGGCUGAGCAAAACACUAACACACCAGCACCCCCACUCGGCUCUCAUUUGUUUUUAAUUUAACUUUUCUUGUUUUUGACAUGGGAAUAAAUGAACAGAAAAAGCAAAUCCUCAAGAAACAUGUGGGUGGCAAAGGGUCUGUGCCCCUCAGCAUUGAUUUUCGAUUGGACCCAGUCUCUGCAAAGUCACCAGGAAUCUCUCUCGUCUGUGCCCCUUUCCUGACGACCCACACUCAUUGGCUACACUGAUUUUAUCCAUAGGAGAACUGGAGCCAACGUAGAACUCUUUGAUGAUUGACACUUUAGAUUAUCCCGUAAUGCCUUCUUAAAUGUCUAUAUUCCAGCGCUCUGGACCGGUAUCUAGAAAUCAUUGGCAACACUGCAUGAGGUUUGGUUUGGUUUUGUUUUGUUUUGUUUUGAUUAAUCUUCAAGAGGAGGAAGAUUUUUUCCCCUCCUUUAUUUACAUGUCCUAUUGCUAUUCCCCUCUCCCUCCACAUCUCCAGUUAGUGGGGGAGUGUUCAGCUGUGUUACCAAAUCAGGAACAUAUAAGGUUUACAAAUUGGCUAAGAAUCAUGGCUCUGUAGCCUUUUCAGAACCGGCAUAAUUUCACUGCUUGUGUGACAGUAUUCCAGGCCACCGAGAUGGCUUUGUUGGUGUGGAAGGACACACAUCUCCAUGCUUCGUGAGCCCUUCCUGCUCCGCCACUUGUGCAGUUGUCGCUUAAGUGUGUGGAUCUCAAAGGGUGCAGUUUCUCUUUGUACAGGAGUACGUUUCUAUGGCUUCCUUCAACCUACCGUCUUCACCCUGUUUUUUCUUAUCUUAAAUGGAGCGAAGGAAACUUAACACUCUUUCAAAAUGUUUUCUAUCAUAUUUCCAGACGACAUCUGCAUUUGAAAAGUCGAAGGAAUCUGUGUCUAAUAUCCUGUUUUUAAACUCCUGCGAGGACAGGAUGGGCAGCACGAUGGGGCUUGCCACACAGCUGAUUGCAUCAUUGUCCCUUUCACAUGAUUCACCCCUCCUCUUGUGCCAAAGGGUUUCUUUCUCUUUUUCCUCCUCCUUUGGGAUCAUUGUGUAUGAAACAAAAAACUCUAUAAAUGACAAAUCUAGACUCCAGGUGCCUUGCAGAGGUUGAAGGCCAGCCAGGAUUGCUGCUGCCACUCCGGCCACCACCCCUUUCACCGGCAUGAUGAAAUGAAAGGAUGCAUGUCCCCACUUGCCAACCCCUCCUCCCACUUCCUUCCCGCAACCCCCCCCCCAUUCAAAACCUCCCCUCACUUAUUUUUGUUGAGUGGUGUGAAUUAUUUUUAAACCAUUUAUCCUGUUUGUGCGCCAGGUUUUAAAGAAGAAACAGCACAGUUCAAUGAGCAAAUCCUUUCCGGGUGUGUGGGAAGCAAGGCAGGGAGAAAAGUCCUUAAAGCAAAUAGCAAACUAUUGAACAUGUGUAAAAUCCUGUAUCAUUUAUGAAAUAUGUAUAAAAAGUGUACCUUCUGGAACAAUAAAUACUUACUCCAUUUUUGAA